AUGGUGGCAUCUGUGCCCGACCCUCGGAGUGGAGAGGAGACUGCUCUGUCUGGCGUGCAGGUGAAGACACAGAGGCAAGCAGAGGAGGCAUUAGGAGCCACAGAUGACGAAAUCCAGAGCCUCCAAGGACAGCUACGUGAGCUCCAGGAAGUCCUCCAUGCUCUGAGGUGGAGCACAAAGGACAUUGCCCGGCGUGCUCUCAGCGAGGCGGUGAAGCUGAUGGAGCUGCCGGGCAUGACAGGAGCGGAUGUUCAAAAGAUAAUCGAUGAAGCCUUGGAGAAGCUGGAAUAUAACCAGGUCCAGUUGCCGGAUUUUGCCCGCAAAUCAUUAGGUGCGGCUACAGCGCGGGAACAACCAAGGAAUCCCUCCUUGGUGAUUUUUGAAUGGCUUGUUGCUUACCUCAGUUCUUUACAAUCCUGCAAGAUAGCCAAGGCCCAGACACAGGGCCCCAGCACCAGAGGAAUACUCUUCUGGGCUGGGCUCCCAUUGCUGCACGCCAUGAAGUCUCCCGAGGUUAUCCUGGAGCCCAAAAAUCAUCCGGGAAACUGCUGGUCUUUCCCCGGGAGCCAGGGUCAUGUCUUCAUCAGGCUGCCUAAAGCAAUCUUUCCCCACGCUGUAACUCUGGAACAUAUUUCCGUGAGAGCAUCACCUGGGGAAAACAUCUCCAGUGCCCCAAGGGACUUUGCUGUCUAUGGGAUGAAGGCAGAAAAUGAGGAGCAGGGGCUGUUCCUAGGAGAGUUCACCUACAUGGCUGCAGAACAUCCCUUUCAGACUUUCCAGCUGAAGAACGAGUGCUCUGACUCCCUGCAGUAUGUGAAGCUGAAGGUGCUGAGCAACUGGGGCCACCCGGAAUACACGUGUGUGUAUCGAUUCAGGGUCCACGGUGAUGCAGGGAUGAAGGCAGAAAAUGAGGAGCAGGGGCUGUUCCUAGGAGAGUUCACCUACAUGGCUGCAGAACAUCCCUUUCAGGCUUUCCAGCUGAAGUCGCACAUCACUCAUACGCGGACUUCCACAGACCCCCACAUCAUACUGAAGGAUGGAGGCCUGCGGGGGAGAAUAAAGGUGCUCAGCAGAGCACAGGCUGCCCUGGAAACUGUUGGGACACACCACGACCUCCUCUCCAGGAAAUAUCCGCCUGAGCUCUCUCUGCACGGCAUCAGGUCUAAAGUGCUUGAGGUGGUCUGA